AUGUCUGAAGACGCUAAUGCUCGCAACCGGAAGGCUGGAACGAGUAAGGAAGGCGAAACAGAGCACAAUCCCGAUGAAGCGAAGGCGCCUCCGAAGUCUGACCUAUACAGCCGAUUUGUUGAAAGUUUCGAAAAUGCUCUCAAUACUGUAACAAGCACUGUGAGUAGUGCUGUCAAAUCGGGCUCAGAGGGACACUGUGUUGCAAAAUCAAAACUCAAGUCUUUUACUCUGGAAGGUAUAGCUGAUUUCAUGAAGACGGAGCAUCCGAGCAAUGUUGUUGUGAUGACUGGCGCUGGCAUUUCGACUUCUGCCGGAAUACCCGACUUCCGUAGUCCAGGAACCGGUUUGUACAACAAUUUGCAAAAGUAUAAUCUUCCCGAUCCGCAAGCAGUUUUUGAUAUCUCGUUCUUCCACGAAAAUCCUGAGCCGUUCUUCGCUUUAUCCAAAGAACUUUUUCCUGAAAAUCUAAAGCCAACUCCAUGCCAUUACUUUGUGAGGCUGCUCGAAAAGAAGGGAAUUCUACGAAGGUGGUUCACACAGAACAUCGACUCACUGGAAUUUUUGACUGGAAUACCCGAAGAAAAGGUGGUUACUGCUCACGGUUCUCAUCGCACUAGCACGUGUACCCAAUGCAGUAAAAAGUUCGAUCUUCAGUGGCUCGAAGAGCGCCUGAGGGAUAAAAACUGUUUGGUACCAAGAUGCGACAAGUGUGAAGGUGUUGUAAAACCAGAUAUAAUUUUUUUCGGAGAAAAUCUACCGAAACGUUUCUUCCAGUGUGCUAUAUCGGAUUUUCCCAAGUGUGAUCUUUUACUAAUUAUGGGUACUUCGUUAGUGGUUCAACCGUUUGCCAGCUUAGUCAGUGAGGUAAGCUUAGUCAGUGAGGUAAAUUUCAGUCAGUUUCACGAUUAG